AAAAUCAGAAGCGUGGGGCCUCAGAUCUGCCAGAAGACAGGAUCAAGUAGUCAGGCCUCGAGGGCUGCAAGAUGGAUUUCAGGUUGCUUCUGGUUCUCGCUUCUUGCGGUUUGAUUGUAGCAAAAACAAAAGUUUCAGCUCAACGAAAAUGCUGCACUCAAGUUGCAGUAAAAAUACAAAGGGAAAUGCUGAAUCGUGUCAAAUGCUAUGAAGUCCUCAAGAAUAAUGGAGUAUGUGACCUCAAUGCCAUUAUGCUUCAUAUUAAAAAUAAAAAAUACUGUGUGGAUCCAGAAAACAAAAAAGUGAGGAAGUGGUUGAAGCAGAUUGAAAAGGAAAUUCCAAAACCCAACAGCAAAAAAAAAAGAAAGAGGAGAAAGGUGCGCAAGUGUUAAGUUUUCUACUGAAAAUCUCCACCUUUAUUCACCACAGCACUGUGCAGAAGCCAUUCCAUUUUAUUUCUAGACUUUUACAGGUUUUAAAAGUUGAUUCUGUAAAACCGAAGGCAACAGAGUAGCGCAGUGCCAAAGUGUACCCACCAUCUUUAAGUGCAAUUAAAAUAACACAUAAGAAAUACGUUUUCAUUUCAUGGAGCACAUUUUAUGGUGGCACACAGCGGUCUCAUCACUCCACAGUCCCAGACUUGAAUGUCUGUGUGGAGUCUUCAUUCUCUUCCCAUGUAUUUGCUUUUCCUCCCACUUCUCAAACACAGGCGUAUUAACUUUAUUGUGGAUUCUCAAAUGGCCGUGUGUAUGUAUGAAGUUUGGCAGACAAGAGGAGACCGCAUAGUUUGUUGAGCUCAUUUGGUAACCUAAUAGCUAAGUUGUCCCACACAUCUUGUAAAAGUCGCCAAUGGAUUGGCUUGCCUACAGUAUAUGGACUCUGGCCCCGAAUUGGGUUGAACUCUUCACGUUUUCAAAUUAAUCUGAACUCGGCAGCUUGAUCUACUUGCUCUGAGAGCCAUUGGUGAGGUGACAAGAUGUGACUUUUCUUCUGCUGUUGGCCACCAGAUCACACCACCCACUUUAGAAUGUAAAGGAGGCCAUGAUCUCUUUUUAUUUUCUGGUGUAGGCCUGACAGGAUGUGACGUACCGAAUCCUCCGGCCUUUCAUGUGGGUAACAACUGCAGUUGAGUUUCCUAAAAAAGAUGUUUGGCUGCAGUGUUUCAGAGCUGCAUUAGUGGCAGAAAACGUGAAAAUGAACACACUUGGUGUCUGCUUUUAGGAGAUUAAAGUAUUGUUCUAUUGACAUAAAAUGUAUUGUUUUAUUACAGAAUAUUUCUUGUCAUCAACUUAUCUAUGUU